AUGUUUCAACAUAAGGGAUCAUGUUUUGGUUGGAAUCCAUCAUUUGUAGGAAAUCGAACAAAAGUUGAAAUUAAUGUUGAUGAAACUAAAAUAAAAGAUAAAUUUUACAUCAGAUUAUUUGUUAGUUUACCUGGAUAUGAAAAUGUUUUUACUGAUCAAGAAGUUUUCAUUUUAUCACAUCCUGCUCCAAGUUUAAAUAUUUUAUGUUGGGUGAAUUGUGGAAAAUCGUUGAAACCUCAAGAACCUUUCAUUCUACAAAUCCAAUGUGAUUCAUGUGUGAGAUACGAAUGGAAAACAAUAUUUGGAAAGUUGAAUAGUUGUGAUUCAAAAGAAUUUUGUGUUGAUGAAAUUGAACAAAAUGCUUCCAUCACUAUCAAAACUUACAUUAUUCAACCUCCAUCUGCAGUACGAUGUUCAUAUCAACCUAAAUCUGGUUUUGGAUUCAUCACAAGAUUCAAUAUAACUUGCAUAACUUAUGAAAGACUCAUAAUCAAGUUUUCUUUGAUUGAUGAAGAUUCCAAAUCUCUUCUACAAUAUGGUUAUGAAACUGAAGUCACAGAUUUUAUUCUUCCACCUGGUUACAUCCAAAUACAGGCAGAAACAUGUAAUUCUGCUGGUUCGUGUUCACACAAUAUAUUUCCAAUACAAGUACAAGAAAGUAAAGAUCCAGCAGUAACUGAGAAUUGGCAACAAGAACUUGAGAAUGCAAUAAAAUCCAAAAAUUCACAAAAAGUAGCUCAAUAUGCUUCAUCGUUGUCGAAAAAUCCUGAUUUUUCUAUGAACUUGAGAAACAAAAUGUUGAACUUUGCAUUGGAUUCCAUACUUAUAUCAACUGAAUCAGUGAAACAAACUUCUGAUGUUCUGCAAGUUGCAACAGAGGAUUAUUCCAAGAGCUUGGAUAAAACUAUUCAGGGAAACCUCAUAAACAAACUAUCUGAUGUAUCUACCUGGAUACAUAAUGAUAUUGAUUCAUCAAUCGAUUCUAUUUCAUCAGUCGUUAGAACAUCAUUAAUUGUUUCAUCAAAUAUUAUGGAAGGAAUGAGUGAAACUCAGGUUACUACAACAUCCAACCAUCGAACUCUCACAACAAUAGUUGAUGAUUUAAGUCGUGAAAUGCUUGAAGCAAUUCUACCUGGAGAUGAAAUAAUAAAAAUUAAAACAAGAUCUGUGGAUACUAGUAUUAAGCGAUAUAAGCAUAGUGAAAAUUUGACCUUAGCUGAUGAUGAAGUACAAAUCAAAGUCGAAGAUUCGAGGGGAACACAAGAUGAUGAUACCGAAUUCUUAAAUUUACAGGUUUUCAAAUUCAACUCUUCAAACACAAAAUUUAACACAAAAUCAAACAAAGCAGAUGAAGUAGUUGGAAUAACUUUGUCGAAAUCUCACAAAAUUCCAGGAAAAAUAAAAUCAGAAACAAAAACAUUUCCUUUGUCAAAACCAAUAAAAUAUGGUUUGUUGAAUCAUCAACCUGAACCUGAAUAUUUUAAUUUAAAAUUAAACGAAACGAAACCAGGUUUAUGGAGCGGAUUUUUACCAAUUGUUGUGGAAGGAUCUCAUGAAAAUGUUGCUUUAAAAAUAAGAAUAAUUACAAAUGAUAUUUUGGAAAUGGAAAAAGUGAAGUUGACCUUACAAGAAAGUAACAUCCUGGAAAUGGAUCGGUUCAAACUUAAUGAAAUUGUCAAUGGAACAGAAUUUGCGUCUGAAGGUGGAUUUACUUGGACGAUACCUAUCCUGAAAGGUCACACAAUUUUUAAUUUAACAGUAGAGACUCAAUCUAUUCAUGCAGUGACUUUGAAAAUAUUGACAUAUGCUACCAAGUGUUUAUUCUGGGAUGACAUGAUUAAUGAUUGGAAUAGUGAUGGUUGUAAGGCUACUCUGACUUCAACACUUGACAAAUGGACUUGGUGUGAAUGUGAUCCACAAACAUUUUCACGAACCCGAAAAAUUUCUUCACCAAAUUUAUUUUCAUCAAGAUUAAUUGUAUAUCCAAAUAAAAUUGAUUUCACAAAAGUAUCUUGGAAUUUAUGGGAGGAAUUUUAUGACAAUCCGAUCAUAUUUUUAACAGUAUUUGGAAUGUAUUUAGUAUUUGGAUCAGCUUUGUUCUGGGCAAGAUGGAAGGAUAAAAAUGAUAUGGAAUUCCAUUCUUACAUAGAAGUGAGCGACAAUCUUCCAAAUGAACACUACAGAUAUUUACUUACAAUAUUUACUGGGAAUCGUCGUAGAUCUGGACCUUCAUCUACUGUUGUUGUUAAAAUUAAUGGAUCAAAUAAUAAAAGUGUUGUUCAUAUAUUACAGAAAUGUGAAGAAGAAAGAAUUUUAUUACAAGGAAGUGUUAUCACAUUUCUUAUUACAACACCUGGGUGUCUUGGUGAUAUUACUACUGUUAGAUUAUGGCAUGGUAAUGAAGGUACAAGUCCUGAAUGGUACAUUGAUCGUCUUGUUGUUCGAGAUUAUGAAACAAAUGAAUGUUGGUUUUUUCUCAUAAAUACCUGGUUAUCAGAUUAUCAUAUGGGAGAAUGUCAGAUUGAUAUUGAAGUUCAUGCAGCCACUAUCAAACAUCUUCAUUCAUUCAAAAGUUUGUUCACAAUUAAAAGUGAAAAUUAUUUAAAAGACAGACAUCUCUGGUAUUCAUUAUUUGCGAUGCGUCCAUGGUCACAACAUGACAUGUCUCGUACUCAACGUGUUGCUUGUUGUUCAAUUCUUAUAUUUAUGUUAAUGUUGACUUCUCUCAUGUUUUAUGGACUUGAAGCCUCUCUUAGUAUUGAUCUGGGAUAUUAUUCAUUCAAAUGGUCGAAUAUUGCUAUUGGCUUAGAAAGCAGCAUUCUAUGUUUUCCUGCAACCUACAUUGUAUCUGUGAUAUUCCGACAAUCGCGACAACAUCACCAUAGAUAUAACCAUAGUGAUACAAUUAACUAUGACAACAUCACACUCACAUCUACAUUAUCAGACUUCAAUUAUCAAUGUAGAAUUUCAUCUCGAAGGUGCAGUCGUGGGACAAUGACAUCAUCAAGACGUCUUUUGAGACAUCGAGAACUUGAUAAUAUGGAUUUGAGCGUUCCAAGAUUUCGACAUUUGAAAUCAAAACGACAUAACAGUAUGACAUCACCACAUAGAAUAAGCUAUGAGAAAAUAUCAUCUUCGGAUACUAAAACGCAAAAAUCAUCUAAAGUGCUAGUUGUUGAUGAUGCAAGAGAAAUUCAACUUACAAAUAGUAAAAAUUUAAAACAAAAAAGGAGAAAAACAAAACAGCAAAUAAAAUAUGAUGGAAGGGAACUGCUUUUACCUUCUGCUGGUUUUCAUGGAGAUGCAGAUUUGCAAGAACAAAAAAGGAGGUCUCAUCAUCGAUCAAAAGUUGUUACAGUCAUGGAUAUUGAUCCUGAUUCUGUUGAUUUUAAACCAAUCCCUUGGUUUUGUAUUUAUUUUGCCUGGAUAUUGAUUACUAUUAUUAUCAUUGGAUCGUCUGUACUUAGUGUGAUGUAUGGAAUGACUUAUGGAAGUCAUAUUUCUAAGCAAUGGUUGGUAUCACUUCUAAGUGGAAUAAUUCAGAAUGUGUUUGUAUUGGAACCAUUCAAAGCUAUAUUUCUUGCUUAUAUUAUUGUUGUUAAUAAUCCAAGACAUGAUAUAUCAGACUGGAUCCCACCUCUGAGAACUGAAAUUCUUCCACGAAGAUACGAAAAUCCUCAUCAUAUUUUACAAAAAUUAAUCAAAAAACGAGAAACUGAAUCAGCUUACAAAUAUCCUGAUGUUGAUAAAGUUAAAAAUCAAACUAUUGAUAAAUUAGAAGAUAGAGUUUUUAAAAGGCGAAUAAAGGACAUAUCAGUUCAUCUCAUUUAUCUUGCUAUUCUGUUGAUAAUUGCAUACGGACUUCAUGAUAACAAGAUCAUAUAUUUCAAGACAGCUGUUAAAAAUAUGUUUGAUGGAAAUUCAGUCUUAAGUAAAAUGAAAGUGAAAACUCGAACUGAUGUUUAUGAUUGGUUCAAAGGACCUUUGAUUGACAGUUUGUAUGGAGGCCAUUCUUCUCAUUUUCCUGAUAAACAAUUAUUAGUUAUAGGACCUCCUACUCUGAGACAGCAAAGGAUUAAAGAAGGUCCAUCCUGUGUCUACACAUCUGUUAUUCCAUAUUUAAAAACAUCAUCAACAUGUAAAUCAAACGUUUAUGAAGAAAUUGGGAAAUACUCAACUGCUUGGUUCAAAUAUCGUCCAUAUGAGACGCUGACUCAGUAUGGCAGACAUCACAGUCCUUGGACUUUUGUUGCUGGUGAUGCAUACUCUCUACCAUUCUUAGGAGAACAUGAUAACUAUCAUCUUGGUGGAUAUGUUGGAAAACUCACCAAGAAUAAAAAUAAUGCAACAAAAAUGAUUCAAUAUUUACAAGAUAAUAAUUGGAUAGAUGAUAAAACAAGAAUUGUCAUGUUGGAAACAGUUUUAUACAACACUGCAGUUCGAUUAUUUUGUAUUGUUUUACUUGGUGUAGAAAUUCCAAACACAGGUCAAGUUCAUGUUACUUUACAAUUAAUGGUAAUGAGAUCUCAUCAUGUUGUAACAUCAUUUGACGUAAUUGUAUUCAUCAGCCUAUUUGCUUUACUAGCAAUGGUUUUUUAUUUUAUUUACAAUAUUGUGAGUCUUGCUAGAGAAACAGGAUUUGAAUAUUUUGCUGAUGUUUGGAAUAUUCUUGAAAUAUUAACAUUGAUUACAUCUGUUGGAGCUGUUAUUACUUUUCUAUCCAAGGCAACAUACACAGACCUAGCACUUCAUGCAACUAAGACAGGAGAUGAUAAUUUAUUUCUAUUCUACACUGCAUCAUGUCUUGAUUAUGCAUUAACAUGUCUACUUGGAUAUUGUAUAUUCUUUACUAUGAUGAGAACUGUUGCGAUAAUGGAAGGCCACCCUCACUUCAGAUUAUCAAAUGCAACAAUGCAAAUUAUAAGAUUUGAUUUAGCGGGACAUUUAUUUUGUUUGUUUAUUGGAUAUAUGGCAUUUUGUCAUUCAGGUCUUAUUAUGUUUCAUGAUAUGUUGGAUUUCAGCAGCAUUCUUAGGGCAACACAAUCAAUAGUUGCCUAUGCAGCUGGAGCAUACAUGAAUAAUUUACUUGCAGAACAUCCAAUGCAUGGUGGAAUAUUUCUACUCAUAUUUUUGCUCAUUUACGUCAAGUUAUUUGUUAAUUUUUAUGCCUGUAUUUUGGAGAACGCAUAUCGAGAAUCCAAGUUAUUAUUACGAGAUAUUAAAAAGGGAGAUUUUGUUCAUUUGACAAGAAAACAAAUCAGAUCUUUGUUUGCAAUUGAAGCAAGAAAGAGACUUGAAGAAGAAGCAAAAGAAAAGUUAGAGAAUGAAAAAUUGAGAGAAAAAAUUCUGAGGGAAAUGAAUGAAAUUGAAAAGGAGAGAAAGAGUAGAACAAAACUUGAAAAAAAAAACAUAGAUGCAUAAUGGGAAGAUGAAAAAAGAGGAAA